CAACGAAAGAGGUAGCUUAAACAAUUUUAAUCUCCUCCCAAAAUAAAGGCAAAUAAGAAGAUCAAAGAAUUUUCUCAUAAUUACAAAGGUUGGUCUACAAUUAAAUAUAAAGUAUAUUAAAGAAAUUAUUUUAUUAAUUAAUUACCAAAUUAAUUAAAAAAAAAAGAAAAAAAAAAAGUAAAAGCAGAGAACAUAUAAAUGCUAACGUAAUCCAAACUCUCCUAGUCGGCUGCUUCUUCUUCCCCUGCUCUUCACUUUCUCUCUCUAACUUUGUCUCUCUUUCUCUCUCUAAAUCAUCCUGCAAAAACAUGCAAUUUUCGAUCUUGUAAUCAAUUAUUUAUUAAUUAAUUUUACAUAUAUACUCCCAAUUCAUUCCCUAAUUAUACUUUAAUUCAAUUUAUUAAUUAUAAAGUAUAUAAAUUCAAUUAAUUUAUUACUACAAAUUUUCUCUCUCCUCCAAUUCUGGUUGAGUUCUUGGUAGGGGUAGGAGAGAGAGAAAAUUCAAGUUCAACAAAAAGCAAUGAAUCCGAACUUUUACGCAACUAUUUGCAUCUGGGUAAUACUUUCCGGCGCUUUUUCGCCGGCGACGGUGGUUUCCGGCGGUUUUCCGACGACCCUAAAUCUUCACCGAGCUAUCCCUCUAAAAGACAGAGUUGAAGUGAGUCAACUUAGAGCGCACGACCGUGCUCGGCACGGCCGUGCGCUUCAGUCAGUUAAUGGAGUUGUUGAUUUCCCUGUUGCCGGAACCUUUAAUCCGUACCGUGUUGGGCUAUACUAUACGAAGGUACAACUAGGGUCUCCAGCACAAGAAUUCAAUGUACAGAUUGAUACAGGAAGUGAUGUUUUGUGGAUUGGUUGCACAGGAUGCACUGGUUGUCCUGGAACUACUGGACUUCAAGACAUUCAACUUAAUGAAUUCAACCCAUCAAGCUCAUCUUCAUCAUCCGUAAUCUCUUGCUCCGAUAAACGGUGUAAGAUGGGAGCUCAAUAUGCUGAUGCCCUUUGUGACAACUCAAACAAUUGUGCUUAUCAGUUUCAGUAUGGUGAUGGUAGUGGAACUCAGGGUUACUAUGUAUCUGAUUUGUUGCAUCUCGAGACUAUUGUUGGGAACACUCAAUCUUCUAACAGCUCAGCUAAAGUCAUCUUUGGCUGUAGUGUGUCUCAGACUGGGGACUUAACCAAGACAGAUAGAGCAGUGGAUGGGAUUUUCGGGUUUGGUCAGCAGGCAAUGUCUGUUGUCACGCAAUUGUCGACACAAGGGAUAACACCAGCAGCAUUCUCCCACUGCUUGAGGGGAGAUGAUAAUGGUGGAGGAAUAAUGGUCCUUGGGAGUAUUGUGGAGCCCGGGAUUGUUUAUACUCCCCUUGUACCAUCAAUGCCACACUACAAUUUAAAUAUGCAGAGCAUUUCUGUCAAUGGCCAAAAGCUGGCCAUUGAUUCUUCAGCGUUUACUACAUCCACCAAUGCUGGAACGAUAAUUGAUUCAGGAACAACCUUGGCUUAUCUUGCUGAAGAGGCUUAUGAUCCUUUCGUGAGUGCGAUCUCUUCUGUUGUUUCUCAGUCUGUGCGUCCCUUAUUAUCUAGGGGAAACACAUGUUAUCUGAUAACAUCCAGUGUCGAUGAUGUAUUUCCUCAAGUCAACUUAAAUUUUGCUGGUGGUGCAACCAUGGCUCUCAAACCACGAGACUAUCUAUUGGAGCAGAACUCUAUCGCUGGAGCUGCAGUGUGGUGCAUGGGAUUUCAGAAAAUCGAUGGGCAGGGGAUGACAAUUUUAGGAGAUCUUGUUUUAAAAGACAAAAUUGUUGUAUAUGACUUGGCUAACCAACGGGUUGGAUGGGUCAACUAUGAUUGUUCUCAGUCUGUAAAUGUUUCUACAAGUACCGGCUCAAAUUCAAAUACAUACGUGAAUACAGGACAGCUGAGUAGCAGCAUUUCAUCAAUGAAUCCUUCUUACACGGAAAUACUAUUUGGUGUGCUGGUAAUGCUGGUCUCUCUAAUGUCUAUGUGACAUAUAUUAAUGGAAUCAUUGAGAUAUUCCAGUUUUCCUUGGUCUGUUCGCCUCACACUUCCUUUUUUCCACAUUUAUAGAGUCUUGUCAUUUAUUAUGGCAGGGCUGAUUAUAGUUUUGCUGAUUAUAGUUAUUAUUAUACAUCAGAUAGCUAGGUUUCCAGUUUAUCUGGUCAUUUUUUCUUAAGAUAACUACUGUAGGUAGUCCCUUCUUUUGGAAUGCCAAGAGAAGUGUUUAUGGGUUUGUACAUGCAAUCAAUACGAGUAUUAGUUUAGUGAAUUUGUUGAUAAUAGCAAAAAUAUGUCCAUACAAUCGCAGAUUUGCAGUUGUGAUUUUGCUUCAAUACUGAAUGCUUGUGUAUAACUCCGUAUUUUUAUAUUCGAUUUAUAUCUAGAACAUUAGCACA